AUGAUGUACAAUUAUUUUAUCUUGAUACUUGUCACUGCCGUUCAAGCAGACAAAUGGCCCGAUCCGAAGAAUGAUCCAUUAAUAUUUAUCGCAAACCCUGUUGAAGCUAAUAUGCCCGGACACUGGGUGCCUGGCAGUGUUGUAAAAGCUAUAUUGGAAGGAGCGACUCCAUUUGAUAGUGUGAAACCUCAAACCACCAGCGCCAGCACCAUAUCUUGGAUUACGUAUCCAGUGACCAAAGAUAAGUUAAAACAGACCGUAAAACCAAAAUCAACUGAAAAAACUGAGGAAAGUGAGACCUCAGGAGAGCCCGAAAGCAAGGCCAACUCUGAAGAAAACCAAUCGCAAACGGAGCCAAAAGAACCAGAAUCUACGCUAGAAUCUGAACCAAAAUUUGCACCAGAGUCUGCACCAGAACCUGAACCAGAACCAGAACAGGAAUCUGCACCAGAACCAGAACCAGAAUCUGCACCAGAACCUGAACCAGAAUCUACACCAGAACCUACACCAGAGUCUACACCGGAGCCUACACCAGAGCCUACAUCAGAAUCUACCUCAGAAUCUACACCAGAACCUACACCGGAAUCUACACAAAAACCUACACCGGAAUCUACACCAGAACCCGUAACUUUAACUAAAAAACCACCUAAAAAAAGAGGAAAAAAUAAAGACAAGGGCAAUAAUAUAAAUGCUUAA